AUGAAGCACCUCGCGGCCUACCUCCUCCUUGGACUCGGUGGAAACACCUCUCCCUCCGCUGCCGAUGUCAAGGCUGUCCUUGAGUCUGUUGGCAUUGAGGCUGACGAGUCCCGCCUCGACACCCUGAUUUCCGAGCUUGAGGGCAAGGACAUCAACGAGCUCAUCGCCUCCGGUUCCGAGAAGCUUGCUUCCGUUCCCUCCGGUGGUGCUGGUGGUGCUGCCGCCGCUUCUGGUGGCGCCGCUGCCGCCGGCGGUGCUGCUGACGCGCCCGCUGAGGAGGCCAAGGAGGAGGAGAAGGAGGAGUCCGAUGACGACAUGGGCUUCGGUCUCUUCGACUAA